AUGGCUGCCCAUUAUUGCUUUGAUGGCUAUAUCAAGAUGAACAAGGUCAUUGUUGCAGUUGGUGAUCUACGAGGGUUGACUACCGACCUGGUAUUCAAGGUGUUGAUCCUUGCGAGUCCAGAACAUACACCCAAAACACCAGCCUUGUAUCGUCAUGCCUGGGAUCAAGCUCUUCGCAGAAUUCGUCUUACACGACACCAGCAACACUGCAUCCGUCCUAGCGGUGUACAUGUCUUGGCCCUCCUAGGACUUGACUUUCUCUUCUUCUCCCGUUUCCCUCACUCUGUUGUUCUCUAUCACAGCAACACCGCAAAAGUCUGCAGCAUCUCCAACAUCCAGGAGACGCAGGAACAAGAAGACCAACCUGCCACUGUCCGAUCACAGUUCCUCGCUUGCCGACGUACAUCUGCGGCCUCCCUCUUGGGCCACGAGCGAAAAGCAGCUAGAGGUAACCAGCAGCAGCACGAAGCCAGUCUGGUGCCCACUCCUGACUCCUACUGGGCGUCUAUUUUCGACAUCAGUCGCCCGACCUUAUUGGCGACACUAGCCUGUCGUCCUAUCAGCUUCCGUGUCUCGGGGCCGACUACACCACCCCUGUGCAAAGUAUGCUUCCCCAUUGCUUCCCUCCGAGGAACCAGUUGCUGAUCGUCCCAUGCAGAGAGACCCAUACUCAUCCACCACCAAAAUACCAAAUCAAGGUGUACGAGGUAGUGGCAGCGGCUAUUCAAAACCACCUUCACCCCAACGGCGCCUCGCUUUCCAUCCUCUCCUCUACUUCAGUAGCUGGGCUCUCUCAUAUCUGUGUCUUCUUUCCAUUUUACUCUAUUUCC